UCCUCUCCCCUCUCCCGCCUGCGCCGGCGGCGGGCUGCUUUCCGCUUCCGGGCAGCGCUACCCUCUGGCGCGCUCUUGAAGCUAAGCGGUCGCCAUGGAGCUGUUGGGAGAGUACGUCGGGCAGGACGGGCAGCAGCAGCGGCUGCGGGUGUCCUGUGAGGCGCCCGGUGACACCGACCCUUUCCGGGGCCUGUUGUCGGGAGUGGCCCAGAUGAGGGAGCUGGUAACCGAACUCUUCGGUCCCCUGGCACAGCAGGAAGCGCAGCACCCGCUGGCGGCGGCUCCGGACGAGGCCUUGGACGGUGAUGAUGAAGAUGAUGCAGAAGAUGAAAGUAACAUUGAUAACAGACCUAACUCAGAUGGACCAUCUGCAAAACGGCCAAAACCACCAUCUUAACAAUAGCCUUAUGAAAUGUUAAAGACUGCUACUAUAUCCUAAUUAUUACACACUGACGUUUAAGGAAGAUUUGUGCUCUAAUUUGAGACAACUUUAUCAAAGAGAAAAUUGUUUCUUCUGUUUCUAGCAAAGAAAGAUAAUAAAUGUUUAGAAAUGAAA